AUGAGUCCUCCGCCAAGCUCUAAUGAGCCGCGCCUGGUGGAUGCUCAGCAAGGCCGCCUGGACCCCAUAUCAAGGCAAAUCUUAGAACGUACGCAAUCGCAAAACAGGCUUCCUUCGCUUUCACAAGGCGGUGUGUCCACCAAAUCGACAUAUGCGGAAUCCGGUCCAUCCGAAGACCUCUCGGGGAGGAAUAGCUCCGAUCCGGGUCUUCUUAGACGAGUCGAUAGCACUGCUAGCAGUAAAUUGGGCAAGGAUAAAAAAAAGGGAGUCUCCUUCUUGAGCCGCAUCAUGGGCUCCAAGAAGAGGGAUUCCUUCGAACUUCGAGACAAUGAAUCCGAAAUCUCAGAGAACCGUUCGGGGGGUGUCGAGGCUGAAGUCUUCUCCCAGCCCGUUGGUUUCAUCCCGAAAUUCCCGGCUCCCCCACGCUACAUCAAGGUCAAAGCCCAGUACCGGAAACAGAAAGACUUCGACAGACUGUUUCUCGCCCAGAUCGCCUUGGAUCUGAGAAAGACCAAGAGUCGGAAGUCAUCGAUCGACUCUAGAAUUCACAGCAUUACCGAUGCUCCCUCCGCCACUCCAAUCCCACCACCCACCUCGUCCAACAACGCAAUAUGGGCCAUGGAAUUUUCCAAGGAUGGAAGGUAUCUUGCCGCCGCUGGACAGGACAGGAAAUUGAGGGUCUGGGAGGUCUUGGCAACCGUAGAAGACCGCGACGUGGAAGACAAGUUGUCUGAAACCGACAAGGAGGGUGAAAGUGUCAAGCUUAACGCUCCCGUCUUCAAAACCAAACUCUUCAGAGAGUAUGAUGGUCAUACGGCAAGUAUACUUGACCUCAGUUGGAGUAAGAACAACUUUUUGUUAUCAUCAUCCAUGGAUAAAACAGUCAGGCUUCACCAUGUCAGCCGCGCUGAGUGCCUAUGUGCAUUUAAGCACGUCGACUUUGUGACUUCGAUCCAAUUUCACCCUCGCGAUGAUCGGUUCUUUCUAGCUGGCUCCCUCGAUUCGAAAUUGCGACUCUGGAGUAUUCCUGACAAGUCUGUCGCCUACUGGGCCCAAGUUCCUGAUAUGGUGACCGCGGUGGCUUUCACCCCGGAUGGAAAAACGGCGAUAGCGGGAUGCUUGAGUGGCUUAUGCAUAUUAUAUGAUACGGAGGGUCUGAAGGCUCACUCACAGAUUCAUGUGCGAUCAGCUCGAGGGAGGAAUGCGAAAGGCAGCAAAAUUACAGGCAUCGACACCAUCGCCCUGCCACGUGAGAAUGGUCAAACGGAUGUCAAGAUCCUGAUCACCAGUAAUGACUCCCGGGUACGGAUGUAUAACCUGAAGGACAGGACCUUGGAAGUGAAGUUCCGAGGGAACGAGAACUCUUGCAGUCAAAUACAUGCAUCAUUUAGCGAUGAUGGAAAGUACGUGAUCUGUGGAAGCGAAGAUCGAAAGGUGUAUAUAUGGCCGACUUCAGUAUAUGAGCGGCCAGAGAAUGAUAAGAGACCGAUAGAAGUGUUCGAGGCUCAUUCAGCAAUUGUGACAACGGCCAUACUCGCUCCUGAAAAGACCAGGCGAUUACUAGCGCAGUCAGGGGAUCCUCUGUACGACUUGUGCAAUCCACCACCUGUGACAUUGGUCAGUCGAGCGGACUCUGUCAUCUCUUCCAAAGCGCCAACCAACACCAGCAAUCACUCAGAGGAUAAGCAGGCUGAUGUGAGAGUUCGCCAUUCAGAAUCUCCCCGACGCGCUCCAGAGACUCCUGCAUACCUGGCCCGGAAUGCGCAUGCAGGAGGCCAGCUCAUUGUGACUGCCGAUUACACUGGCCAGAUCAAGGUUUUCCGGCAAGAUUGUGCAUUCCAAAAGCGACGGCAUGAAUCUUGGGACGCGAAUUCCACCUUCUCCAAAAAGAUGUUGGGAAGGACAGGGUCGGUCGCUACGAGAACUUCAGCCACGUCUUCAUCACAACCAAAUUCUUUUGUCAUGGGAUCGAAGAAUCACUCCACGGACCGAAUCCUGAACUGGCGCAACUCUGUCCAAGGCACGGGUAGCACCACGACGACAGCCUCUGGAAGCAUGCUGGAGAUUCGCGGAGCUAUUAAUAACGGCCGUUCCCGUAGUGCUUCACCAAGAAAGUUACUUUCUAAUCGUCUAUCAAUACGCCGGAGCUCGCCCCCAAACAGGGACAGCUUGCUGUCACCGACAUCUCCUGAAUACCACUCGCCUCUAAACCAGAUGCAAAAUGGACCGUCCAUAUCAGUUUCGUCACCACUGGGCGAAUCUCCAGGAAGUUUCUACUCAACCAAAUCCCCUGAAAAUGCUCACCCACCACUGGUUGCUGAGCCAUCACGUCUACAUCAACCAACCUCAGCAGAUCUGCCCCACAACGAUCCUCUUCUCCUUAUGGGCAGCCAUUCCUACAUGGCAUGGGACAUGACCAAGACCGUUAUUCCUAUGGCGAACCGCACCCCACGAACACCAGGUCUUCUUGGGCCUGAGGGGAACCCACUCUCCCGCGCCGCAAGCUACGUCUCUCAACUAUCCAGUGAAUUUACGGGCUCGGAACGAGACCCAAAUUCCGCGAACGCGAGUGUCCACGGUGGCGUGGAAGGCGAUGACGAAGCCAACGCGAUGGCCACAAGGAGACGGAAAUCAUCGACCCGAGGACGCAGGAAAAGCAGCGUCGGCAGUGAAAGCGAUUUGAAGUGUCGCAAUUGUGGAAAUCGGACGUUCAAGGCUGCUGUUGUUGAGAAGCGACAGGUCUUUCGGUGUAAGAAGUGCGGCGCCGAGACGUGA